AUGUCGAAUGAAAUGGAAGUUGACCCUCCCGUCGCCCAGGACGAUGCCCCCGCACAGUCUGAAGGCUUCGAGCCACAAACUCAAUCAGGCGCAGUUGCCGUGCGCAGUAUUGAGGGAUGGAUUGUGAUCGUGUCGAACAUUCACGAAGAAGCUUCCGAGGAGGAUAUCACCGAUCUCUUCGCAGAGCAUGGCGAGAUCAAGAACUUCAGUUUGAACCUGGAUCGACGAACAGGUUAUGUCAAGGUAGCCGGCGAGGCUAUCAAGGCCCUCAACGGCUCUAAGCUGCUCGAUCAGACCCUUUCAGUUGACUACGCUUUCGUCCGUCCGCCACCAGCUAGCAAGAACAAGGGAGGACAGAAGGGAGGCCGUGGCGGUGGUGGUCGGGGUCGAAGCCGCAGCCGCAGCCCUGGCCGCAGUCGUAGCCCGGAUGCCGACCGGAGCUAA